AUGGCUGUUGUCGAGAACCCCACGGCCAACGAACAGGUCGACCUGACCACUAUUCCUGUCUCUCCUGGCGGUGACCAGCCCGAAACUGGCGCCACCAGCUCCAGCGACGAUGUUAAGACUGUCUUCCAUGACAAGGAGAACUUUAACGUCAAGCACCCCCUCCAGAACAAGUGGACUCUCUGGUUCACCAAGCCACCCAGCGGCAAGGGCGACAACUGGAACGAUUUGCUCAAGGAGGUCAUUACCUUUGAUUCCGUGGAGGAGUUCUGGGGCAUCUAUAACAACAUUGCGCCCGUCUCCGAGCUGGCCCUGAAGUCUGACUACCACCUCUUCAAGGCUGGCGUCCGUCCCGAGUGGGAGGACGCUCAGAACAAGCACGGCGGAAAGUGGUCCUACCAGUUCAAGGAGAAGCGCAACGUCGCCAUUGACGACCUGUGGCUCCAUGUCAUGCUCGCUGCCAUCGGCGAAACCCUGGAGGAUGAGGAGGAUGGCGAGGUCAUGGGUGUCGUCGUCAACGUUCGCAAGGCCUUCUUCCGUGUCGGCGUCUGGACUCGCACCAUAGGAAAGAGCAUUCCAGGCCGUGGCGACGGUGAUGUGGCCGGCGGCAAGGGCCGCACCCCCGAGAAGGGCAAGAAGGUCCUCCUCGAGAUUGGCACCAAGUUCAAGCAGCUGCUUGACCUCCCCGCUAACGAGGCCGUCGAGUUCUCUGGUCACACCGACUCUGCACACAGUGGUAGCAGUCGUGCCAAGGCCAAGCACACCGUCUAA